CGUGCUCAGAGACCUUCAGUUGCCGGAUUUCCUUUUGUGUUGCUAGGGGAAGCGAGUUCGUCAGCCUCCAGAGCGACCGCAGACAUGACUCCCUUUGGCGAUGCCAAGCUCUUCUUCUGCAUCUUUUUCAUCAUCUGCUGCUCCACAGUGACUGAGGCUCAGGUUCCUGUCGACUGCUGCUUGUCGGUAGCAAACAAACCAAUCAGCAAAAAACUAAUUGGAGAUUACCGUGAACAGGAUCAAGGCUGCUCGAUUGAUGCCACAAUUCUGGUGACCAGACGUGGGUUAAAACUCUGCGCCCCGACUAAGGAUGAAAAGUGGGUGGAAGACGUAAUGACGCACGUGGAUCACCUGAAGAAAAAAUGCAAAAAGGAGAACUACCAGGGCAAUCGCUGUUUUGGAGUGAAGCCUGAAUAAAAAAGCCUCUGGUUCCCUGAGAACACCAAGUGAUUGACACGAAUCCAGCUUAAAGUUUCUCCUGUUACCGAAAUAAAACCUUUUGUUUUUUUCAUUUUAUCUUUAUAAAAAUCUAUGUUAAUUUGAGCUGCAAUCUAAAAACAACAUCUUGAAGGAAUUUUAUUUUUUACUGCUUUUCUGUUUGUAAAAAGUCUUUCAGAGAUAUAAUAUGCUAAAUGUGUGUAGCCAUUUAAGCUAACACAUGUGUAGCCACAUAAGCUAGCCUAUGUUUUAGUCAGAGAAAGUUUUACUGUAACCUUACUGUGAAUUUUUAUCUCUAAUUAAAACCUUUUUAUUUUCCUCA